AUGGAACUGAAAAUGCCCAGCGGUGAUGACAAAUCCUUCUUCAAAAAAGGCUCUUUAGUUGAAGUGAAAAGUAAUUCAGAUGGGUUUCAAGGUGUUUGGUACGUGGCGAAAGUAUUGGAGCCACCAAAACCACGAUUUCCUCCUUCUCCUCCCAACAAAAGGACUAAAAAUGUUGGAGUUUUGCAUGUAGAGUACCAAACUUUGCUAUCUGAUGACGACUCUGGAAAGGCAUUAACUGAAAACAUUAAGUCCUCUUUUGUGAGGCCUUUGCCUCCAAACGAUGAGCAUGACCUUCAAGUCAAUGAUUUUGUUGAUGCGAUGCAUCUUGAUGGGUGGUGGGUUGGCGUGCUUGUGGAAAUAAACCAGGAGUCAAAGAUUUACUCUGUGUACUUUGAGAAUCCACCUGAGUUGCUUCAUUUUAAGCGUCAUGAGUUGAGGGCUCACUGGGAUUGGGAAGGAGGCAAGUGGAUCCGACCCCAAAAGCAGGAGGCCGAGAUCAUUAGUCGGGCUCUGCGCCGUUUUAAGUAUGAAAAAAAGUCACCCUGCAGCGGCACUGCUAAUCCUGAAGAAACUGAUAUUGUGGCAAAUUGCAAGAAACUAAAAUCAAUAGCAAAGAAGAAAGGUCGACCUCGCUGUUUGAAAAGAAGGAGAGGAGAGAGACAAAAAACGUUGGCUAAAGGUCAAAAGUGUGACGGAUCCAGUGAUACUGUUGAUGUACUUUUUAUAAAGGACUAUGAUAGUAUUGAUGCUGAAUCACCCAUAAGCACUGGAGAGUUUAAACGUACAAAACUUGAUGGAGCCGGAGAUGAUGUUGAUAAAUUGGUAUUAAAGUAUCACGAGAUUGAUGAUGGAUUAUCAAGAGAAAACAUGGAAGAAUCUAAAGUUAGAAAGCAUGAUGGAGCUGGAAGUUCUGUUAAAAAAUUCGCUUUCAAGGAUCAUGCAAUUGAUGCUGAGUCGGCUAAAAAAACAGGAGAUUCUGAAGGUACAAAGAAUGAUGGAGCUGGAGGUGAUGCUGAUAAUAUGGUUUUAAAAUAUCCUGUGAUUAUUGAUGCUGAAUCACUAACAAAUACAGCAGAAUCUAAAGAUGAGAAGUGUGAUGGAGCUGGAGUAGCUGUUAAUAAAAUGAACUUACAGGAUUGUGCUAGUAGUGGUGUUGAAUCUUCUAAAAUCACUGGAGAGUCUAAAGGUUCUAAAGAUGCAUCAGCAGAACAAGCAGCUAACAUUUCUGAUACAGGUUGCAGUACAAGAGAAGCUGAGAUGGCCAUUGUACAGUUAACGGGCGACGUGGAUACUGCUGCUAAACCUAUAUCGAUGUGGUUUGAUGAGUUAUGCAAUCGAAAAAUAGUGAUCGACUCAAGGUUUCUCUGUGGUAGGACUUUCUACCAGAACCAGAGGAAUAAGGCUGAAGGAAAACUAAUUGAAAUUGUAAAGGAAUCUACUGCAAACGACUCAGUCAGUGAUGGAGUAAGAGAUGAGCAUCAGUGCUUCCCUGGUAUGGAGCCUUCAUCAAUGCGGAAAACUUUUAUCGAGUCUGUAGAAGUAUUGGAAACAAUGCCACAGAAGCCUCACUUCCAUCCUUUAAAACGAUGCAAAGAGAUGUUUCGCGAUGGAUUAGCAUUUGGUUACAUGAUAACUUUUGCCAAAGUGGUAAAGCGGACAUCUGAGUUACAAGUCAAUGACCCAAAGAGCAUCUUUGAUAGCAUUUCUGAAACUCUUCAAGACUUAGAAUUGCAUGGCUUUGAUGUUCAGCCUAUACGGAAUCGUCUGACUGAGCUGCAGUUAAUGAAAGAUAGACAAGAACAGCUUCAAGAAGUGUCGAAAGAAUUUGAACAUCAGAUCUUAGAACGCACUCAUGAGCAAAUGAAAAUCAAUGCAGAGUUUGCUGAAGUUGUUGAGGGAAUGAAGUUAUUAGAAGAAAAGAAGAGAAAGAUUAUGUUACUUAUGCAAGAAAAUGAUUCGAAGAUUACUGAACUGAAAACAGAUUUGGAAGUUUGUAACCAGGAUAUUCAGAAUGCCCAGCUUGAUUUUGAAAGUCUGGCUGCAGCUUCUUGGUGACUGAUCUGCAUUUUGCAUACCUCUUCUGGGUUCUGCUGUCUUAGAUUGUUGGAUGGUCUAAUGAAACUGUUUUUUGAUGUUUAGAACGCGCGAUAAGGUUCAAGAUUAAUCUUAAAGUUUAUAGGGCCGAAAGUAGGAACUUGAUUGGCACUUUUGUUAGCUCUUUAUUUUCAAUAACUGUGUACAUAGUC